AUGCCCGCCGGCUUGCUGACGACAAUUUGCACAAAAUCAUAUGAAAAUUGCCUGCUGCUCAACAACAACGAAUUAUAUCUCUUUUGCAAUAUUAUUUACCCGGCCGUUCAAAUUUACGAAUUAUUACUACCCGUCUCGCCUUUUUCCGAUGAUGAUAACGGUGCAACCUCGAACCUCUCACAAAAUUCACCUUAUCUCUUCCAAACUGCCAUUGGUUCAUCUGUGGGAUUUAUUUUGAAUUAUAAAGUCCUCUGGUGGAGGGCCCCAACCCUGUUACCUCUGGAUGGGGACUCAAAGGUAUGCUCUUUAGCAACUCCAGAGGUCAAUAAACUGGUCUCAUUGUCGAUUCAGCUCGCUACUUUAAUGGGAAGAAUGCCAACGACUCAAAAAGGGACUAGUACCAAUGUCUCGUCGUCAAAUCUCAAGCUCCAACCGCCGCCAAGGCUCAAACUCCAACAACCUCAGCUCUCUCUCGGCGACGCCCUCGCACGCGGAGACAUAAGGACAGCAAAGAGUUUUAUCAAGCCGGCAUUAGGCAACGAAGAUCCUGAACAGAUUGAGAGGCUCCUUUCUCUCUCCAAUCCUCGUAGUCCAUCGAAUUCUUCAGGAUACCGGUUGACCAACGAGCAGCGCCUAGAAUUUUUGCAGCAGUUGGAUGUCGAUGCGUCCGAGAUGAUGAAGAUAGUGUUGGAUGACCCCAAUUGUUUUGCGCCAAAUGUAAACUCACUGGCCUUUGGAAACUUCUGGGGUAUCCUAGAGACGCGGCCAUUCAUACGAGCGCUCAUAACACUAGCGACUCUCUGCGAAGAUAUGGAAAAGUACGAGCUAGCCUACGAUUACGACCUCCGACUUUUGACGUAUAACUCGGGCGAUAAUAAUGGGGUACGAACUAAUUUCAAUCUUUUGCAGACCUUGCUCGGACGCGACCUUGAAGCCUACAACUUUUCCUGGCAUCUUCUAGAUCAACAUCUGGACUAUAGUCGCAUCGCCGCAGAGAAGGAGGGAAAAGACUAUCCAAAGGUCGUUUUCGACAAGUUCAAGAAAGAGGACAUUGAUCCUCAGGAUCCUGUGAUUCAUGGACCUACCAGCGAGCUCAAAUAUGCCGAUGCGGCUGUUCUCUAUACGGGAGCCCUUGCGCUUUUCAAGAUAUUUGGACAUUGCCCAAAGGCAACUUCGUGGCUUGCAGCCGGUCACAGCCGAAAUCCCCAUAUUCUUCCUGUGCUUUUGCACCCCAAUGCCGCGUCCUAUCCCAAAGAACGGAUGCUUAUUCCACGUUCAAUGGGAUCUUACGUAGAGGCAACUGACUUUAUCAUGUUUACCAAAAAGCAGUUUUGUACCCGACCGGUACAAGUUUGGCUCAGGCUUGCUGGCAGUGAGCUGCCGAAACGCAAGUGCGACUCUCCAAAAUGUGAAAAAGUCGAAAAGUUCAUCGGGGAGUGGAAGAGAUGCACGGCGUGUUACGAAGCAUACUAUUGCAGUGGCGAAUGUCAGAAAGAGCAUUGGAAGCUGCCUGGGGAUCAGG